AAUGGCAAUCUUGAUAGGCGAGAUGGAGUACUUCGCCCCUUAUCCUCUGUUCAUCUACUCCUAUUUGUUUUCAAUCGGUGUUCCAACAACAGUUUCAAAUUUGUUAUCCUUCCUCUUGAGCUUGUUUUCAUGGCAGAUGAAGAUAAAAAUGAGAUCGUUGUACUGAGUAAUGAGAUCAAGAAUCCUUCUGUUUCUCUCCGUGUUUAUCACAGGAAGAACCGUUCAAAACUAGAUCACAAUCUACCCCCCGAUUUGCUAAUCGAAAUCCUCAAACGAUUACCAGUCACAUCUCUUGUUCGAUUCAUGUCUGUUUGUAAGUCCUGGUACUCUCUUAUUACAAACCCAUCUUUUAUUUCUACUCAUUUAUCCCAUCAAUCUGAUCCGACCUCUAAAAAUGGUAUCACAACUCUAUAUAGUACACAAUUUCACUAUUUCUUGCAUAAUCUUGAUGAACCUUUAGAAAAUUGGUCUGAAAUUCAUUCCCCUAUUGGGAAUGUAAGUUUAAUUGUCGGUUGUUGUAAUGGGAUUAUUUGUUUGUAUGCUGAUUUACCCCGUGGUUUUGAUCCUUUGAUUUUAUGGAACCCUUCAAUUCGAAAAGGGUUUAAUCUCCCCCUUCCAAUCGCACCUUUUAGGGUUCAAAAUGGGAAUUGUAGUUUUGGAUUUGGGUUUGAUUCAAUUUCAAAGGAAUAUAAAGUUGUUAGGAUAAUUUGUAAGUGGGAAAUGGAGAAGAAUAUUACUUUUCUUCAUUUUGAUUUUUGUAGCCUUAGCAAAAGUGAUUGGAAGAACGUUGUUUCAUGUAUUGAGGGUGGCAAGUUUCUUGUCGAGUGUCGAGGGGUCCAUGUAAAUGGGGUAAUUCAUUGGGUAGUGAAGAAGAUAAUUGAUAAUAAUGUUGUUGUCAAAACUAUUUUGGCUUUUAAUUUGGCUACUGAGGAAUUGAGUGAAAUCUUUUUGCCAAAUCCCUUUUCAACUGCUGUUUUGUUCUCAGUGAAGUUAGAUGAGGAUAAGCUUGCGGUUUCGAGUAAGGGUGAUGAGAAUAAUGUGUGGGUGAUGGAGGAGUAUGGUGUUCAUGAGUCAUGGAAAAAGCUUCUUGAGUUUCAUUUAGGAGACAAUGUGGGUACAAUUUUAGGUACAAUAGUUGCUGAAAAUGGUAAAAUUGUGGUGUCAACUUCUGUUGGAAAUUGGAUUUCAUGGGAUCCAAGCAAUUUUAAACUCAAGAACCUUGCCCUUCCUAUCCUAAAUCCAAAUUAUGUGCAUACGUAUAUCCAAAGCCUAGUCUUAUUUAACUUUAAAAAUCGAGCUCUAAAAUGUCGUCCUUUGAAGAAGAAAGUGAAGAAGAGGUUAACAGCUCGUGAAUACAGGAAGCUAUUCUGAGUGAUGGGCCGGCCUGAAAUACAAUUACACAGAAAGGGGGCAUUUGAGCAAAUAACCGUAUGGUCGUUGCAAUGGGUGAAAAGCUAAGUCGGGAAUUUCCCAUUUCAGUUUUAGCAACAUUCUCUCUAAGAACUUGUUACAAAAAAGUUUCGUAUGUUUGUUUUUUCAUUAAUUGCUUGAGCAAACAACACCUUCUGUAUAUAUAAUGAAGAGAAUAUGAAAGUUAGAACUAUACUUGAUAUUACAAAUCAGUGUAUUUACACAUUUGGAGUGUGAGUUACUAGAAGAAACUCUUUGAUGAGUUCUUUGCUCAUUCAAUUACAUGGUACAAAA